UCGUUAUUGAAUUAAACGUAAAGCCAAAGAAAGCAAAAAAGAAAAAUUACUGAAGGAAUGUGAUUGACUGCACCAAACGUCCCGCUAACAAUGCUCCACCAUCACCCUCAUUCUAACCCUUCUCUCUCUCUCUCAUUUCUAACCAUUCUAGAAGGCAAAAUUGAAGAUUUCUUCCCUUUUGGAUAUUGCAAUGGCUGUCAACUUUAAGUACUGGGAUGACUAUGUUGAUCCCCUGGACAUGGAAGCAAUGUGGAAAAUCCCAGAAGUGAGUUCUGAAUGGUUAGACGCCGGAGAAACAAGAGGACAGAAAGUUCACCUUUCACGCGAUCCUGAUGGACAGCCUUAUUUGACUCAGACAGAGAUGAAGGCUGUUGUUGAAAUUAUUGUCAGCAGACAUUUUUGCUUGCAAAUAGAUCCCAACAUGAUUUGUGCCAUUGCCGAACUUGAAAGUGACAGACAGCCCCUUUCUAUACGGUAUGACAAGAAAUCCAAGGAUACACAAUUAGGUAUCAUGCAAGUUUUUCCAAAAACAGCAGAAUGGCUUUAUAGUGAAUUGUAUUACCAGUCAUAUGAAGUAGAAGGGAAUCCAGAUAUUCUAUUCAGGCCUUUUGUGAGCGUAUAUUUUGGUGCUGCUUAUCUAAAGUGGUUAUCAAAUUUUGAAGACAAGGAGAGAAAUGAAGAGUUUGUGGUGAGGGCAUAUAGAGGUGGUACAAAAAAGGCAACUCACAAAUCAACCAUGCCCUACUGGCAACGGUAUCUUUCAGUAAAAGAAAGCUUUCCAUCCAGAAAAUGUUUUGAAGAUGGCAUGUCAUUGAAUGAUGCUUCUGUCACUACUACUACAUCUUCUACCCCUUAUGUGCCAUCUCCACAGAAUGCAGGUGAUUACACAUACUGGGAUUCCAGGGCAUCUCCUGAAGACAUGGAAGAGAUGUGGAAUAAUCCUGAAGUUUUAAAGGAGUGGAGCAAAUCUGGAGAGAAAAAGGGAAAGGUCCGCUUCUCCCAAGAUGAAAAGAAAAGACCAUAUCUUUCUCGGAUAGAAGUAAAGGCAGUGGCAGAAAUUAUACUUUCAAAACACUUCAGCACAAAGGGGUUGAAACCAUCAGUUCUUUGUGCUAUUGCGGAGCUUGUUAGCAUGCGUUUUGUCUAUGGCAUUGGACCUCAUGCAGGAAUAAUGGGACUAGACUAUUCUACAGCCUUCUGGCUUUACAUGGAGUUGGGUUUCAGGGGAUAUAAGGUCGAUUCCAUUGAUGAUCUAACCAAGCCAUUUGUGUCCAUGUACUUUGGUGCAGCAUACUUCCUCUGGUUAUCUGAAUAUGAAGGAAGGGAAAGAAAUCCACAGUUUGUAGUUCAAGCUUACAUAGCAGGGCCAAAGAAUGUGAAUUUUCAAGAGACAGGUCCAAUGUGGCUCAAAUUUGAGGAAGCUUUAAGUUAUUUUGAAGACAUAAAGAAGGAUCAAGGGGGCUGCAUCAUCAUGUGAGUUGCUUACCAGUUCAAGAUGCAUCAUAUUGUUGUAAGCACUCCUAAAAUUGUCAAAUAUAGACUAAAGGUUAUGUUUGUAUAGUGUAUUCUAUUGUAUUGUUUUGAUUGAAAUAUACUAAUAUAAUGAAGUACAAUAAUUGAUUUCACACAUUAUACUAUAAGUAUAAAUUACAUUAGCCUUUGUUUGUAAGUUGGAUUACAUUGAGUAAAUUUUUUAUGAGAGAAUUAAGAAAA